GUUUCCCCAUCCUUUUCCUUGUAGUUCUUCUCUCUCCGUCUCUUUCUUUAUUAGGGGUUGAACGACAACAGCAACAACGACAUUAUUGGGGAAAGUUAAAAUACCAUGAGCGGCGGCGGCAGUGCUCGUGGCGGAGGCCCUGCAAGGGCUGCGAUCCCGGAGAAUGCACGGAAAGUGAUACACGAUAUAAGGGAGAUCACUGGGAAGCAACACGGCGACGAGGAAAUCUAUGCCGUGCUUAAGGAUUGCGCCAUGGAUCCCAACGAGACUGCUCAGAAGCUUCUCUAUUUAGACACUUUUCAUGAGGUGAAAAGGAAGCGUGAACGGAAGAAAGAGUCAUCAAAUGUUCAAGGUCGAGGGGGUAGGGGUGCUCGAGGAAAUUAUUCUGAUGCUAAUGGUGGGAGGAAUGCAGCUCAUCGAAAGGAAAAUGGAGCAAGUCACUUGAGAGAGAGAGUCCCUUCAACUGGCAUGGCUGGAACACACAGACCAAACAGUAACCAUUCACUUCCUGCUGCAAAAGUCGCGGCAGUCAACACCAAUGGCCCUUCAAGUCUCAAAAGCGAGAAUCCUACUCUGAGGCGCGGCUCAAAUGUUGCUGUAGAUGAUGGUGAAAAAGCCCCAAAAACUGGGCUAGUGGAUGCGAAGAAGUUGGAUGUGACAUCAGAGACAGCUAAGUUACCGCCAAUGUCUGCACCUGAUCAGACAGCUGAUAGCAUGACUCAGAAUGAGCAAGGGAAGUCGGUUUUAGCUACCAAGGAUGUUGCCAAGUCAAAUGCUCCUGGUGCUUAUUCUUAUGCUGAUGCAAGUAAAAGAGCAUGGGGUCGUUUGAUUGCUGCUGCACCAAAUCACGGUCGGCAUGUUUCUCAAGCUGCCAUUUCAGAACUUACUAAAAAUGAGAAUGCAGACCCUCUGAGUUUAAAAUCUGAAAGGGUGUCAGGAACACCAAAAGAAGCAGACAAGAGCCAGCUUUCUGAACUCCUCCAGCCCUUAACUUUGUCAACUGAAGACACUUCUGCGGUAAUAGGGCCUUCUUCUGGGUAUGAUAGCACCCUGAGUUUAAAAUCUGAAAGGGUGUCAGGAACACCAAAAGAAGUUGACAAGAGCCAGCUUUCUGUACUCCUCCAGCCCUUGACAUUGUCAACUGAAGACACUUCUGUGGUAAUAGGGCCUUCUUCUGGGUAUGAUAGCCAACUACCACAGGUGUCUAUCACCCCUUCCAAAGGUUCCUCAUUUGCUGAUGGACGAGCAAAAGUUAGUUCUCAAUUGCAUCCAGACUCAAAAACUGAACCUGACGUUCCUAAUGGACAUGUUACUUUUCCGGAUCACUUCAAAGUUCCUCAGGCUUUCAAGAGUGGACUGACAUUUGGAAGCUUUGAAUCUAGUUCUAGCACUGGAGUGAAUUCUGGCAAUGGUCACACCAGGGAUAUCAAUUCUGCAAAUGCGAUUGAAUUAUCUCAUGGGACUGCUGAUUCUGCUAUGGAACCAUCUAGUGGUCAGAAUUUAUCUGCUGCAGUACACAUUGAUCUUCAAGAUAAAUGUGAGUCAGAGUCUGACCAAGAUGUCCUCAAAGAAGUCCAACCAUCACAAGGCAAUGCAUUACCUGAAGCAGAUCCAAAUCAAGAGAGAAUGCAGACUCCAGAAAGGCAUCAAAGCCCCACAGUUCAACUUACCCCAAACUAUGGACUUGGAGUCUUACCACCUACGCAAGGAGUUCACAAUGGGCAACUUGAUGGACAAGAGCCUCAAGCAAGGGAUCCUCCUCGAGUCUCACCCUUUGCCGGUGAAAAUGUUGCAGUAUCACCCAGUCACAGUCCAUCUCCUCAAGGACAAAACCCAGCAGCAGCAGCUGCUUCUACACAACCAAUUCUGCUGAGGCCACCAUAUCAUCUUGGCUAUCUCCCAUAUACACCUUAUUUUAACCCCUAUAUGUUACACCCAAUGCAUCAAUUCUUAAGCCACAAUGGGAUGCCUCAACAACAGCCAUCACCUGGCAGCCCGUAUCUGACAACCGCAGCAGCAGCAGCAGCAGCAGCAGCCACUGCUCCAGGGGUGAAGUUCCCUCAUAACCCACAAUUCAAGCCAGGGACUGGUGCAGCAAAUUCCGCACCUAUUGCACUUCCUCCAUUCUACAGCUCAUAUGGCUCUUCCCCCAUUGGAUUCAAUCCUGGUCUAGCUGUUACAUCUGGUACCUCUGCUAGCAAUGAAGAUCUAUCAGCAUCUCAGCUGAAGGAGAACCGUAUUCUGUCAACAGGACCACCGGUUUGUUCUAUGUUUCCUCAACUCAGCUUAUAAAACUCUUCAUGCAAUUUUCCUCAGUUAUAUGGCCUAAGAUCUCAGACUUUCGAUUUUUCUUCUUGGCACCAACAGAGUGAUGUUUCAGCCUGGAUUGCACAAGGACAAGACUUGUCCAGCCUACAGCUGAAUUCUUUGUAUCAUCUCUCUCCACAGGGACAGCACCACCUUACAUUCGCUACUCCCCAGGCUGCUGCUGCCCAUGGCUCUUUUCCAGGAAUUUAUCCACCUCUACAGACAAUAGCUGCUUCUUCAACAGCGAGCCCAUUGUUGCAGCAGCAGUCUCAUGCAAUUUCUGCUGCAGCUGAGCCGGUAGGACCGUCACCAACUGCACCUUAUCAGCAGCAGCCUCAGCUUGCACAGAUGAAUUGGAGCUCUACUUACUGAAGUCAGUGGUGGAUCAAGAAAGUUCCUUUGAGGCAUUAUUAGGCGCAAUCUCCAUGAAUGUAAAUACAGGACCGGCUGAAGACAAUGGUAAGUUGAUUUCGCAGGUGGGGGAUAUAAAUUGCUGACCAAUGUAAGGUGAAAACGGAGAAGAUGGUAGGUCCACGGUGUGAUUCAGCUCAGUUUCCAGUUCCCUCAUUUGCCCCCAUCUUAUGGGCAUAUUCUGAAGGGCAGGCUACUGUUGGUACUUCUCUUAUCUACUCUCUCUCUCUUCUGUCUAUGACCUUGGCCUGAGAUAAAUUUUCAGACAGCAUUGGAAGACAAUAGAGCAGUGGUUUCAAUAUCUUCAGAGGUCUCCUCAGGAGUGGGUUCGAGCUCUGUCUUUGGCUUAGACAGUGGCAGCGUCUGCUUCUGAUGUGGGUUACUACUCCCGGAGCUCUUCUCUUUUUUGGUCUCCUUCAAGUUGAGCGAAGUGUAAACCGACAUCCCUCCAAGUGCUACCACAGCUCCACAGAUGCUGAUGAACCCGGGAUCCGAAUCAAACAGUAGAUACCCACCGAUCAAGAUCAUACACGUCUUGAACUGUCCCAAGACUACGUGAGAAGUUGCGGAUGUUGCCCUGAGUGCCAAAGCACCAGACCAUUGAAGGAGGAAGCCAAGGAGAGCUGAUAUGAGAACAGCAGAUGAGUUUUGAAGAUCCCACUUGAACAAUAGAGCACCUGGUGGAUCCAGCCAUGGCAUUAGUGCUAGCAGGAACAGCACCGUCACCGGUGUUGUCUUCCACAUCAGACUGAAACAAAGAAGGGGAAAAUGAGUGAGUGGGGUGAAGGUUCUGAAUUCUUGUGAUGCUAUCCAGUAGUUUCGUUCUUACGCGAGGGCGGUCCAGUUGGCUUGCUGCUGCAGAUUCGACCACAGAAUCUUGUUAAUCGCACUCGGAAUUAUCCAGGCGACGGCUAUGCAAGCUCCGAAGAAGUUGAACUGCAAAUCUGUCACCUGAGCAAGUGCCACACCCGCUGACACCACACCCAGCGCCACUACCUUGUUGUGAGAGAUGGUUUUGUUGAAGAGAAUGAACUCUGCCAAAACAAUGGUGGGCGUGACUGCGAUUUUCGCCAUCUGAUAGAACCCAAUGCUGUUGUGAUUGAGGCUGGCAUUGGCGAGACCGGACGCGAACGACAUGACGACGCCCAGGGAGAAGAUGGAAGUGUAAGGAGUGGACUUGGAAGGAGGCGAUACUGGGAGCAGAGCCAGUGUCUUGAAUAUUGCAAGCAGCAGCCAUGCCACUGCGUAGUGGAUCAAUGUCAGGAGGAUUGGGUAAUUGAAACCCACUUUCCCCAUUACCACUUUGUUGGUCAUGAUUAUCCCUAUGGAGACCACGAAAUUGAAUGUCAUGGCCACUACCGGCCCGCAGAACCUCUGCUGCUGGCGCUUCGCUCCUUCCGAGGUUCGGAGAUCGUUGUACAGCGUGCCCCUCAGUUCUUCUAGUGCUCGGCCUGUUUCGCCUGCAUCACUGUCUUUCCUCUUGAUGAAUCUCCUUGCUUCAUUUCCCAGCAGCGAUUCCAUUACCGCCAUUAUUGUAUGAAUGCAGCACUAAAUAGAUAAAACGGUAAGACAAAAUACUAGAAAGAGAUGAUUUUUCCCAAAGCCAGAGGAAUGCCAGAUGCUCUGUUUUGGAUUUUCCUCUGUUUCCGGCUCUGCGGUUUUUCGUUUCCGGGCAAUGUUCAAAUGGUAGGAAUCAAAUACGAACCCACCAUUAUCCAGAGGAGGAGAUGAAGAAAAAGGUGAUGGGUAUUGAUUCGUCGGUGGUGAGAAAUGUAGUUUCAAAUCGGGCGAAGAACAAUGCCGCAAUGAGAUUCAAAGGAAAUGGAUAAGAAGAAUGUGAAGAUAACGAGGACAGUGGAAAUGGAAAAGAGGAAUCGGAAGGGUUAAUUAUCCGGCGGUGAUGGACAAAGGAAGAAGGCAGAGAGAUAUGUGGAGAAGGAGAAUCCUGCGUCUAUCGUUCUGGUCUCUCGCUAUUUCUGUUGUUUCAUUGUUGCUUUUCUCUAGCGGGGAAGGGAAGGGAAGAACUAACCUUUCAGA